AAAGUUGAAACUCCAUUCCUUUUUUCGGUGGAAAGUCCAUAUAAAUGAAACUUUUCCGUCACUUUCCUGAGUAAAUUGUACGUUGUCCUGAAGUCGGUCUCCCUCUCCCCAGAGCAAGAGGAAGCUGCAGAGCACCUUCCCCCCCCCCCCCCCUUCACUACCCUACGCAAGUCCUUGUUAGUCUGUUCCCCAACUUUCCCUCUCAACUUGCUGACAAUUUCCCGCCGCACUCUCUCUUCGUCCCCCCUAUAUUAAUCCAUCCCACAGUUCACAGAUUUGCAUUUCCCCCCAAGUUAAACAUCAACCAAACCAGUCCUCCUCCUCCUCCUCUUCCAUGUCAGCCGCCACAGCCACUGCCUCUGCCUCUGCCUCUGCCUCCAAGCCGCAGUCCAAGUGGUUCUCCGGCAAGGGCUUCCGUCUGAGCCUCCCCCGCCUCCGUUCAAAACCCAAAUCCCCCACCGCUCCCAUGUCUCCCUCCCUGCCGGCGAUAUCCUCAAAACAAGACGAGCUCCGGGAAGUCUUCCGGCGCUUCGACUGCGACGGCGACGGGAAAAUCUCUUGCGAGGGGCUCCGGGAUUACUUCGUGUCCAUAGGGGAGUCCAUCUCGGAGGAGGAUGCCCAGAAAGUGAUCUGCGAUUUCGACUUGAACGGCGACAAUUUGCUGGACUUUGAGGACUUCGUGCGGCUGAUGGAGAGAGGGAGCGAGGGGGACGGAGACGAUGACCUGAGAAGGGCUUUUGAGAUGUUCGAAGUGGAAAAGGGCAGUGGGUGCAUCACCCCCAGAGGAUUGCAGAGGAUGCUGAGCCGAUUGGGGGACGCCAAGUCGUACGAAGAGUGCGAAGCCAUGAUUCGAGUUUUUGAUCUUGACGGUAAUGGCGUUCUUGAUUUCCAUGAGUUUCACCAGAUGAUGGCUUGAGGACGCGUCUAUUCAUAUAGCUUCUUGGUUGAUAAAAAUUAAUUAGAGAGAUUUUUUUUGGGGUUCGUGGGAAUCAGCUAGGUGUCCCAUUCAGCUUGGGCUACGCAACAAAACCAGUCCAUCUGGUACUCCAUUUUUUUAGCUUUUAAUCUUAAGGUUUGAACAUGAAACCUUUAAGGAUGUGUUGUGAGAAUCGUUUCAUUAAUGUAAUUGAUGGUAGGGCGAGAAUUUCUUCGUCUUGUUGUAA